UCUUGACCUUCUUUGGCAUUUUAAUCAGUGUUUAUAUUGAUAUUGUUUUGGUUUGCACCACCUUACUACCUAUAUAAGGCUGCGCCUGACUAACAUCAAAUGUAGUCCGUUGAUUUCAAACCCAACGUGCACAGCUUCAUUGCCACAAAAUGACAACACGAAUUGCAUUAAUCCAGCACUUUGUCUUUGAUGACAAGAAUGAUAACUUGGAACGUGUAAUUGGGAAGGUUCGUCAAGUGGUUAAGGAGUCGAAACCUAGGAUCGUUGCCCUACCUGAGUGCUUCAAUACCCCCUACGAUACGAAAUACUUUGCCGGUUAUUCGGAACCUGUUCCAGAUGGUCCCACUUGUGGGCGUUUAUCUGCACUUGCUAAGGAGUUGAAUAUCUAUCUAGUGGCAGGAUCUAUUCCGGAAAAGGAUGGAAACAAGGUGUAUAACUGCAGUACGAUUUGGUCACCCGCUGGGAAAUUAAUUGGGAAACAUCGCAAAAUUCAUCUUUACGAUACGGCAAUUGAAGGUGAUAUUGUUUUCACUGAAUCCAAUGGAUUCGCCCCAGGAAGUGAUUUCACUAUAGUUGAUAUCGACGGCCACAAGGUAGGAAUUGGUAUUUGCAACGAUAUGCGUUUUGACGAGUUCUGCCGUGUAUAUCGUAACGAAGGUUGCGAGAUGUUAAUUUGGCCAUUUGCUCUGGUAGCCUCCCAAGGACAAAGCCAUUUUGAGACCUUACUACGAUGCAGAGCUCUGGACCUCCAAUUAUAUGUUUGUGGAAUUUCAGCAGCGCGUGAUGAAAACUCACCUUGCGUCCAAUGGGGGCAUUCGAUGGUAGUAAAUCCCUGGGGAAAGAUUGUGAAGGAAGCUGGCAUUGGCGAUGAAGUUGUCGUUACCGAUAUUGACUGGAAGGUUGUCCAAGACUGUCGCCGCCAAGUUCAUCUCUUUGAACAACGACGUACUGAUUUGUAUGCGUGCGAAAGGAAGAAGCACUAACUGAUAUUUUUUCAUAGACUGAUUGAAACAAUUGAAAUUGAAAUAUACUCGCAAAAGUUGACUAAAAUUAUAA